AUGUCCGUCUUCUCCUCGAUGCGUUACUGUCUUGGUGACCCUCGCGAUUUUGGCGCAAUUUGGGCUGCUCUGAUAUUUAUGCCUUUUGGACUGUUCUUCGACUUCAUGGAUGGACGAAUUGCUAGGUGGAGGAAGAAGUCGUCACUCAUGGGACAAGAACUCGAUUCACUGGCCGAUUUGAUUUCCUUCGGAAUGGCACCUGCCGCAGCAGCUUUUGCGCUCGGAAUGCGCACCAGCCUCGACCACCUGCUCCUCUCCUUCUUUGUUCUGUGCGGCCUGACACGAUUGGCCCGGUUCAACGUGACUGUUGCUGUUCUGCCGAAAGACAAGUCCGGAAAGUCGAAGUACUUUGAGGGCACCCCCAUCCCGACAACAUUGUCGAUUACCUUUUUCCUGGCCUAUUGUGUCUCAAAAGACUGGGUACUGGAGGAUCUCCCCCUUGGCCUUGUAGCCCAGGGCACAGCGUUCGAAUUCCACCCGCUGGUAUUACUGUUUGUUUUGCACGGCUGCCUUAUGGUCAGCAAAACGCUGCAUAUCCCUAAGCCUUAA